AUCGACGAGCUUCACAGCACGCUCUUCUUCCUUUUCUCCUUUCAAGCAAAUCACAAUUAGCUCUGCGAUUUGCCUGACCUUGAUCUACCCCCCCUCAAUCACACCCAAACAACACGGGCUUUCAUCUCCACAAGACCUCCGCCUGCCACCAUGUGGAAAGGUGCCAAGGACAAUGGCGAUGAUGGCCUCACACAUGAGGAGCCUUACCCAAUUCCCAACGACGAUGAAGGCUCUAGGACAUUCAGGACAAGUGAGGAGCCCAACGAGAGGACCAGGCUUCUGGAUCGCCAUAGGCCACCACCUAAUUCAGAUGGCUAUCUCGACCCAGACGACCCAGCUGUGUCGCCGUACAAUCUCUGGACCGUACGGGCUAUGCGCUAUCUCACCAUCCUGUUCUUGAUCAUCAGCUUCUUGUGGUGGGUCCUCCUACUCGUCUCCAUUUUCGUCUCUCCUCCUGGACUCCACACGCGUGGCUCUGGCUUCUUCGACUUCGCCUACACCUGCCUUACCAUUGGCAACCUCCUCGUGGUCACCAUCUUCUUCAUUACACCGGCGAAGGGCUUGCGCAUAACCACUUCCAUCAUUGCUGGUCUCUUGGCUAUCGACAUGAUUCUCAUCCUAUCGAUUCCACGUAUAAGGCUCGAAGAGGGUUGGGUUGGCAUUGCAAGCGUCAUCUGGGCCUUCUUGAUGGCUGUCUGGUGCAUCUUGACCGAUCGCGUUGUUGCAUACGGAAAACGAGAGGAGGAAGAGCGUCUGACUGGACGCGCAGAGACCCGCCGCACGUUGAAGGAAUGGGUUGCUGUUCUUGUUGCUACCAUUGUAACCGUCAUCUUCAUCAUCAUUGUCGUUCUGAUGACUGCCACCCUGGGGCUGCGUGGCCGCGAUGCAACACUCAAGAUGUACGGCGACCGCAUCUUGGUAGAUGGAGACAAGUACGCGGUUCAUUUGGCUUGCGUUGGCAAUGUGACGGAGACACAUGGCUCAAAGGACCCCACUGUCAUUCUCGAGGCUGGUGAAGAACCAUUGGAGUAUGACUUUGAGCACUGGGCCUACGCAGCUUACAAGAAUGGCACUAUCUCGCGCUACUGCUACUGGGACCGUCCCGGCUACGCCUUCUCCGACAAUGCUCCGUCACCACACUCGGCCGGUAUGUCUGCAGAUGCUCUCUCUGAGGCACUUGCCAGGUCUGGGGAGGAAGGACCAUGGAUUCUUGUCUCGGCUGGCACUGGCAGCAUCGUCUCGCGUAUCUUCAGCUCGCGCCACCUGAAGCAGGUCACGGGCAUCAUGAUGGUCGAUCCUCUACAUGAAGACCUUCUCCACCGUAUCGGCAACCCUGGACGCGGCUUCUUGCUCUGGGCCUGGGGUAUCAUCUCGCCUCUUGGUACCGUCCGCCUCGCAGGAGCACUCUUCAAGGGCCGCACACGCGAAGAUCGCGUCUACGGCCGCAAUGCCUACCAGUCCGGCAAGUUCAUCAAGGCACAGCUCCAGGAGAACCUUGUUGCCGACAGUCUGACCAAGAAUGAGGUCGCUGCUGCACGAAACAUUCAAAGCUCAAACACACCACUUGUCGUUGUCUCGAGUGGAAUUGAGGUCAAGAAGAACAGCGAGUGGGAACGCAAGCAGAAGGACUUGACGCAUCUCACGGACAACCUUGUGAGCUGGGACGUGGUCAACAAGGCGCCACACCAGGUCUGGCAGACACUUGAGGGACGCUCAGUCAUGGAGAAGCGCCUCAAGCAGCUCGUCAAAGCUGCUGCAAAGGUCAAGAAUGAGGCUGUCGAGGAACAGGAAGAGUAGAUAUGCAACAAAGUCGAUUUGCCUUUGUCUACUAUGAGAAAAACGAAAAUGAAAAUUACGAUGACUGGGAGGGGAUUGGGCAAUUCUAUGGUUCGCGAUGAAGGGCUAGUCUGGGGCAAUGGCAUUUUUUUUUCACUUUGCUUUUUCCUGUUACUCACCUGGAAAUAUUUCCUUCGCAUACCCUAUUCCGCUGUAACAUUUUCGGUCUUGUUCUUUCGAAAUGCCUCAUCUUUUUUUUUCUUUUUUUUCUUUUAAUUCCUCUUCGCCCGCAAGCACACACAUUAUACACACAUACACCUGUACGAUUCAAGUAUCUAAUGUCUAACAACAAUUUCAAAGC